AUGAAUCCUAAAACUAAUUCAUAACUAACUAAUCCAAUUCAAAAAGAUCCGAAAUUAAACAUACACAAUUCUCAUUUCUAUAAUUUCAUCAAAAACAAAAGAUUCCCUUACAUCAACACAAACAAAACUAUCACUCUCAUCAAAAAGAACAACCACCCACACCCUGCCCAACUCGAAAUCUUCUCGAAUGACAAUGGUUCCCUCAACAAAUUGGAAAAACAUGAUGAACCCCAACAACCCAACAAGAAGAUUUUGUUAGAGAAUAGAUUACUCCCCAAAAUAAACACCUCCUAUGCUAUCAACCAAUAACUCAAAGAAUCCAAAGGUUUCAAUGAAAGCAGACAAUAUUCCAAGAGAAAAAGUUAGUUGCUCAAAUAACUAAUGCUAUUAUAUCAAAAUGAUUAAACUUUAUCCAAUAUCACUUUAGCGUUAAAAGAUUGCUCCAAAACUAUCAAUCCUACACAAGGCUAAGAGAAGGAAUAGUCAAAAAUUCUUGAACAAAGACCCUAAGGAAAGAUAUAGCGAAGAUCUCAAGUUUUGAUAGAAUAGAAUCUAGAUCUGAGCGAAGCCAGAUUCUCCAAUUCUAACAGUAUCAUUGACAUCUCAAGCUUCAGCAUAACAAAAAAAGAGAUUGCUGAGAAGAGAAGGAGUACUUGUGGAAGACUUAGAAAGUAAGAUUAUUCUGAUUGA